CUCUCCAAAACCUCUCGAUAUUUCCUCUCCAGUUCUCUCAUCAUCAGUUUCUCAUUGCACAAUCAUACCCAGACUUCUUCCCCAGAUCUCUAAUCAUCAACUUCUCAUUGCCACAACCACACCCAUACACAACAUCCCGCGCAGGUUCGCGGCAUCAACACAUCAAAAAUGACGUCCCCAAAGCGCAGCAAGAAGAAAUCCAAGAGAUCUUCUAAGAAGACUCCAAAAGAGACUCCGGAGCAGCCCCUGCAGCAAAACUUCCGCUCGAACAGUCAAGUCCUCUGCCGUGGCCGUGACAGCAGAGACAGUGGCAUAAGAAGCUGCCGCAUCAAAGCCCAUCCGAUUGUCCCUGGCGGCCGUUACUGUGCCAGGCACCAGAAGCUGUGCCAUCGGUGCGAGGGCUCGCCGAGGCAUUUGCUCACUGAGAAGUGCCCUAGCUGCAUGAUGAGGUGGAAGAAAGAGGAGCUAGAGAAGAAGCAGAAGAAGAAUUAGAUAAGUAAGUUAACAGAAGAAGAAGAGGAGGAAAAAGAGGAGAAAAAAUAGACAAGAACAAGAGGAAGAGGAAGAAGAAAGAAGAAGAAGAAGAGAAAGAAGAAGAGGAAGAAGAAGAGGAAGAAGAAGAGGAGGAAGAAGAAGAAGAAGAAGAAGAGGUAAAAGGAGAAGAGGAAAUAAAUUGGACAAGAAGAAGAAGAAGUAUUACACAAUGAGUAUGCGAAAAGAUGGGCGAACAGGUAUCUAUUUUAAAUAUCCCAUAUAUUCGAUGAUGCUAGUCUAUUAUCUACAAUAAACAUGGCUU